AUGGCCCGCUUCAUCUCGCUCCUCAGCACCCUUUUCGCAGUGUGCACCACGCUGGUUCUCGCUCAAGCCUCCAACGACGACCCGCGCGGCAAGGAACUCUACGUCAACUAUCCUUCAUGCGACUACUACCGUUGCCAAGUCACCUGGUACCAGAAGCAGUCCGUCUAUGUCAACUGGCUGAAUGCGCCCAAGGGAGGCCUCAAGAUUCAGCUUGCCCCGCAGGACGGCGUAACGGGACUUCAGACCUAUACGAUCACGGACAAGGUCGGCAGUGUCCACGGAUUCAGCGACCACAAAUGCAACAGUGCCGGUACGGGUGAGAAGUGCGGGCGCUUCGACUGGGUCGUUCCGGCAAAUGUCAAGCCGGGCCAGUAUCAGGUGAUCGUCACGAGCCUUGCGCACCCGGACAAGUACGUCGGGUACACGGAUACCGUCGUGGUGAAGAAAGCAAAGUCGACGGCUAAGGCUAAGGGCAAGGCAAAGAGACACGACGUACAGAGGCUGGAGUAG